ACAUGAUAAGAAUUCUGUCUGUCCGUUUAUUUGUUAUCAAACAUAGCAUUAUGUGUUGGUGUGUUACCAUGGUUACCAAGGCCAUUCAAACGCAUCACAACCUGAAGCAGCUCCGCGCACCGUGGUUUUGGUUCCGGUCGCCAAAUUGAUGGAAUGUAUUCGUACACAUCUUUACUGUCGAAGGUGAGAGUUCGAGCUGGAACAGCUGGAAGUCGGACAGGAGUUUUCGCCUCCGUGUUGUUCGUGUGACGGUGCCAGGUUCCAGUCCACCUGCACGAGGAUAUUUGUGAACAUGCACAAAGUGGAUGUGGCCGCGGACCAGUUCGCUGCGGAGGCUGCGGAAAGGCGAAGGGCAGCAGAGUCAGCACGCAAGGCCCGCAUCUUCAACACCCGCCAACGUGUGAUCGGUCUCGACCUCGAGGCUCUGAACCAACAGGUCCGGGAGAAAAAACACCAGCGACACGCGGAGAGACACCGGGACAAAGCUUUCGAUGCGCUGAGGGAGUAUCAUGACGAUGUUCUCCUGCAGCAGGACACUGAUGAAAGAGGGAAGCGAGCGGACUCGCACGCUGACCUGGUCAACUACUGGGCCACUCACCAGCGUGUGGAGGACUCUCUGGAUGCUGAUCUCAAGUGUGGCCUGAAGGGGGCAGUCAGGAUCACCAUUCCAGAGAAUGAGCUGGGGCCUGCCAGUAUGCAAAUCUUUCAGGGAGAGGGAAUCGGAGAGGAGCAAAUGAGGAGGGAACAAAUGACAAAGACAGAAAGAGAUCUGCAAGUGCAGAUGGAAGACAACGCGAGAAGGCAGAUGAGAAACAAGCACAGAGAGAUGCUUGUGAACAGAGAACUGGCGCAUCAGGACCUAAUGGGGGUUCAACAAGUGGCACAAGAGGAGGAGUGUAAGAAAGCUGCCCGCAUCGCACUGGACAACUACAACCUAGCUCUGGCUACAGAGCAAGAAGAGAAACUGAAGGAGCAACAUAGGAGAGACGAAAGGGAGAAUCUUGCAGAGAUGUGGCACACCAUGACGUCCGACAUGAUGACAGAGUCCGCAGAAGCAGCAGAGAGAGAGGUGCGAGGAGGGACGCUGUCCCGGGUUCUGACCGACAGGUGGAAGGGAAUGAGCCCAGAGCAGUUGAGCGCCAUCCAUAGGGAGAGAGAGGCGCAGCGCCUUGAGAGACAGAGACAGCGUGAUGCUGAGAAAAUUCAGGAGGCAGCGUGGGACCUUCAGCUCCUGAAGCUGUCCAGAGAAACAGAGGAGGAGGAGUUAAGAGCAGCCGAGCUGAGAAGACAGAGGAGGAUUCAGAUGGACCAGGACAACAUGCAGCUGGCCAAUGAGCAGCAGGCACAUCAGGAGUACCUGAACAAGAAGCUAUACACCAACAAACCCUCGAAGGACUACUUUUAUCAAUUCAACACCAGCUCCCGCUGACCACAUCACACCUUGUCCAGGCCUGUCCUCCUUUGACAAUGUGCUAAUAAAAUCUAUCGACUGCUAAGCUCACACUCAA